CUUAGUAGGGAAUUCGUGAAUAUAUCGCCGUCGAAAAUGACGAUGUCAAACUCGAAGAAAUUCGGAGAAUCGGGAGUUUGCGCGUGAAAGCGUUGGAAAAGCGCCGACGUAGGUCGACGUUAUACGUUAGGGAUGGUGGAGGGGCGUAUGUCGGAUCGUAGCGACCCUCCUUCUCGUUCGGAACGUGCGCGUUUCUCGGCAUCAGCACGUGGCAUCGAAGGGAAGGAUAUACCAGGGGGGUGGCCGCAAACGGCGACGACCCUCGCUCGUCGUCGUUGCUGCUCGCGCGCGAGCGAGCGAACGGCCGUGCGAACCCGUCUCCUUCCAAAAAGAGUCGGCGUUGCCUACGAAGAUCGAGCCUGUAACGCGAUGGCGUGAUCGACAUCGAUGUAUCCUCGUGGGGAUUCUUUCGGACAUACGUCGCAAGAACGUCCAACGACGACGAUUCGAAAUAAUUGGUAUGGACGGUACGAGAACUCGUUGAGGCGGAUAGAUUCGUUCGAAUCUUCCUUACGUUUUCUUCCUUUCACGGAGGGAGGAUUUGUUCUAAGAGGAAAGAAAUUCACGUAGGAGAAAGGGAAGGAAUGGGCCCUUGGGCCUUUGGAGUCCCUCUCAUCCUUGCCUGCGCUUUGGGCCUUCUUCUUAACGUCUACGUUCUACUCGUUGUUCUUGGUCUUGGUAAACAGACGCAGCAGCAACAAACGGCGAACACGUUGCUACUGAUCCAUCUUGGCGCGGUAGAGGCAGCCGUGUGUCUGAUAUUACUGAUCUUUACUACUACACCUUGGCCAGUAGCCGGCAGUUGGUGCGUAUUUCACGGCUUUCUUUUAGCCCUUUUACAUCCUGUCGCAUUGUGGACCGUCACGGGAUUGAACUGCGAUCGAUACUACGCUAUCGCCGCGCCGUUGCAUUACGCGGCACUGGUAUCACCCAGACGAGUGAUCGUCGGUUUGAUAGCUUCCUGGACGGGAGCCCUUCUUUUAUCUUUACCACCGUUCUCCGGCCUGGUACCACCUUACAGAUACAGCCCAGGCUUAGGUUGUUGCGCGCCAGAUUUUGGAAACGGAAGUUGGGGUUCCGCAGCGGCACUUUACGGUGCGGUUUACGCGAUUCUCGGCCUGGCAUUACCGGCGAUUCUCGUGACGGUCUGCAAUUUGCGAGUCCUCGGUAUAGCGCGUUAUCAUCGACACCGUAUCGCUAGUGCGAUCUACGAGGUCACAUUAAGCGCCCAAGUGACCAUCACCCAUCAACGAAAUCCAUUUUUCGUGCCCACGGUCACGGCACCCUCGGCCGGUGGUCCUCCUCGUUUUCAUAGCGCUGCGAGCACGGUGAUGCAACUAGUCGGUUCACUCUAUUUCCUGUAUUUUCCCUACUGCGGAUUUAUACUUUGGGAAUCCUGCGGAGUCGGCGAUCAAGAUCGGCUUCAGGCGCAUCCUCGUCUAGCCUCCUUGGCGUCUCUUCUUCUUGCCUGUUCUCCACCCAUCAACGGACUCCUCUACGGUCUGAAAUCGCAGACUCUGAGGCGAUCCGUGCAAAAUUAUUGGCGAAAAAAGGCGACCAAGUCCGAGUUGCAACAGGAGAUACAGGCGAGAACGCCAAGCGUGGCAGGCUCGAGAAGGCCGUCGGGAAGUGGAACCGGCUCCUUCUUUCCUUUUCCUCCGUUACAACGACGUCUCAGCGAAGCUCUCUUGGCGAUUGGUAACUGCAGAUCAGGAAAUAGCAUCGAACACGGGAAUCUUAAUUUUCAUCGUACGAGAUUACAACCCGCGGCUUCGUGUAACACGCUUAGAGUACCAUCGGCGGAAUCAGGCGAAACUGGCAAAUUGGUGAGAUCCAGCGCUAGCGCGGCGAGUCUAAUGGGGCCGCAUUAUCGAGGCGAUUUCGCGGGCAACGAGAUCGGGACUGGUUGUUCCAUGGCUACGAACGAAACGCCCAGACGAAGUCCAAGGAUUCUUAUAACGCGUGCUUGCAGCGAGGAGAGCCAAGACGGUGGGAGUCCGCUUCUUCGGAAAUCUUAUCUUUCGAACUCGGCCCAUCCAUCCUGCGAAAAACGCAGAUGGAGAUAUUGUAGUACCGGAAGCGAUAGUAGUACUGGGAGUAGCGAAACGAACGUUUGGACGACCGGCGUUGCUCAGAAAAUGGGGAAGAACAAUCUGAAGAAUAUGACGGACGUUUGGCCAGCGAGUCGACGAUUGAUACGCGUGAGAACGCUCGAGGAAGAUUCUCUUUCGACGGGCAUCAGGCCGAACAACAACAGCGAGAGUAGCGAUACAACGGAUACCACAGCGACGACGACGACGACGACGACGACGACGACGACCUUACCGAUCAAGGCCCAAAUGCUCGAGGAUGGAGAGGAAAUCGAUACGAGAAGGAGAAAGGGAUCGAGGAAGAACGAAGAUAGGGAUCGAAGCGAGAGCGAGAAUAGUUGGAGCAGCGUGGAAGAGAUCGAGAUGAAAGAGGUGAUCGAGAAAAGGGAAGAGGAAGAAAAGGACGAGGAGCGAUCGAAGGAAAGGAAAAGGUCGAGAGGGUCCCGCAGGAAGAGAAGAAUAACGCAGAGGGGUAAUUCCGAGGGAUCCGAGGAUCGAGAUGACGCGGCACAACUGAGGCCACUUUUGGCUCCCUCUUCUUAGAAUCGUUUCGUCCCUCUUUUUUCCUGAUUCGUCCCGGUACGGAGCUGAACACCGUCGUAUACCGUUAGGCUGGCCGAAUUUUAUCGGAGAUCGUCGAAAUCGACGCCGAAUCCAAUCCAAGAAACGAUACGAGGAGAACGCGUAUGCGUUUAAUCGCAACCCACGUACCUCUUCGCGCCCACGUACUCCUUAACGCACAAAAACGUCCUGAUUCGUUUCGCCCUCGCAUAACCGAAAAUAAUGUCGAU